AUGUCGAUCGAAGAGCUUCUUGACGCCCUCCCAACCAUGAGCGACGAGCUCGUGGUCGAGGUUUGGCUCCCACAACUGAAGCAGAAGGUCAUUGAGUUGCAAGAGGCCAAUGCUGAUGAGGGUAGCCGUGCUCUUGACGAGCUGAACCAGAAUCUCAACAUCAUUGGUACGCAAGCAGGAACAAUCGCCGGCAUCUACCGCGACGCUGUCGAAUCGGCAGAGAUCAUACGCGAAGAAGAACUUCGCAAUCCCCGUGCUCAGGUCGCCGAACUCCAGCAGCGCAUCGUAGACACAACGACCGAGCGCGACCAGCUGCAGUUUCAGCUUGACACGAUUAAGUACACCACCCAGACGCUGAUGCAAACGAUUCGUCCAGCUGUGGCAUUCUCGCUCAAUGUUCCAGACCAAUUUUCGCCUGUCCAGCGUCAAGCUAUUCGUCAGGUACUCAGAGACUAUCCAGAGAACGAGAAUGGAGCCUCGCAAGUUGGUCCGUCCGUCACGGUUCCGCAACAGCAGUACUUCCAGCAGAUGAGCGACCUGCAGAAAGCCACUGAUGCUGUGACCGAGUUCCAGGGAGUCGCCAAGGAGCAGUCAGGGAUCAUCACCGACCAAGAGAAGCGCAUUGAUGCCAAUGUCAGAGUCAUCGAGUUGUUCAAGGACAAGAUUAAGGCCAAGGAUCACGAGAUUCUGCUGCUCGGUCAGCGCGUCAAGGAACUCAGCGAUAAUGCUGCUCGCUACAACCAGAGCCUUAGGCAAGCCAAGAAUGAUCGCGCAAAACUUGAGAAUCUCGCCAAGGAGUACGCUGACAUGGCCAAAGACAACGAAGAGCAAAUCCAAGCCAAAGAGCACGCUAUCUUCGAGUUGCGCAAGGAGUUCGAGAGUCUGGAGUACAAAUUGACCAUGAGUCAAGCCAAAGUGCGCGAGCUGCAAGAGUCCGGUGAGAAUGGUGCCGUCCAGCGACAGGGUCCUCCUCGUAUGACUGCCAGCGCUAGCACAUUCGCUCUCGGUGUCCAGAACCUCACACGCGUUGCAGCUCCCAGUGGUCGUCCGCAGCAAACCUACCGCAUUGUCGCGCCUCCAGCUACUCUUGCCGCUCCCCAGCAAGCCGAGGUCGCGUCGAUCCAGUCCUCUACCAUGGCUCGUCCUGUAUACAACCGUCGCUUGUCCGAUCCAUUCCGCCUCGCUCCAGCUUUCGACACUCCUCCUAGAGCCGAAGAGGUCCCAGAGGUGCCUAAGCUUCCGGUUGCUGUCUCUCAAGAUCGCAACAAGCCGCUUCCGUCUCCUCCGGCUGUUGUUGCUACUCCAGAUCCAGGUCGCCGUGUUUUGACAAGCAUUACAGAAGCCUCCCAGGAGGACUCUGUAGCCCCAUCAAGCACUACAAGCAGCGAUCGCGAGGCCCUGCGCCGCAGCAUCAUCGCUUUCGACGCGUUGAACAGCCAGCGAAGCCCGGUUGUUGAUGUCAGCCCCUCCCAGGACGCGAUGCUGGUUGAGCGUCGUCGUGCCUUGCGCAAGGUGGCAUCUGAUGAGCUCAGCAUGCAGCAGCUGUAUCAUCACGGGCGUCGUCGACAGAUGUAG